CUCAUUGGCAACUGCCAAUCGAGUUUACGCCUUUAUAAGAAUCUGAUAGCGAGUGUUAGUUGGCGUUCGCUGACCGAAAGUUUGCAUUUCAGGAUAGCCUCAGUGGCAUAUUGAUUCACUCUAUCACAUCAAAAUGGCUUUUGCAAGUCGAUUAAUGAACAAGAAAGUAGCUGCAGCUGGUGCAGUGGGUCUUGGACUCUGUGCGGCUGCCUACUACAACACCCGGGAACCAGUUAUGGCAAGUGGAGUUAGAGCACGACGUCUGUAUCCACCAUCUGCUGAUUACCCAGACUUGAGUAAACACAACAACCACAUGGCAAAAGUUCUAACCCCUGCAAUCUAUGCCAAACUACGCGACAAGACCACACCUAAUGGUUUUACUGUGGAUCAGUGUAUGCAGACUGGUGUUGAUAAUCCAGGUCAUCCUUUCAUUAUGACAGUUGGUUUAGUUGCUGGUGAUGAAGAAUGUUAUGAGGUGUUUGCAGAUUUAUUUGAUCCAGUAAUUUCUGACCGCCAUGGAGGCUAUCCUAAAAAUGCCAAGCACCCAACUGAUCUUGAUGCAUCAAAAAUUCGUGGUGGUAUUUUUGAUGAAAAGUACGUGUUAUCUUCAAGAUGUCGUACUGGACGUAGUAUUCGUGGACUUAGUUUACCACCAAUUUGUACGCGAGCUGAGAGAAGAGAAGUUGAGAGAGUAGUUGUUGAUGCAUUGAAUGGACUUUCAGGUCCAUUGAAAGGAACAUACUAUCCCUUGAACAACAUGACAGAAAAGGAUCAGCAGAAAUUAAUUGAUGAUCAUUUCUUGUUUGAUAAACCAGUAUCUCCAUUACUGACCUGCGCUGGUAUGGCGCGUGAUUGGCCAGAUGGUCGUGGUAUCUGGCACAAUGAAGCUAAGAACUUCCUAGUUUGGAUCAAUGAGGAAGAUCACACUCGUGUCAUAUCUAUGGAAAAGGGAGGCAACAUGAAGAGAGUCUUUGAACGCUUCUGUGAUGGCCUAAGUCAAGUGGAACAGCUGAUUCAAAAGAAAGGAUGGGAAUUCAUGUGGAAUGAGCAUUUGGGAUUUGUACUUACUUGCCCAUCUAACCUUGGUACUGGACUUAGAUGUGGAGUACAUAUUAAGCUACCAAAUGUGUCAAAGCAUGCAGAUUUUGAAAAAAUUCUUGAGAAUCUUCGGUUGCAGAAACGUGGUACAGGUGGUGUAGAUACAGCAGCCACUGGUGGAAUAUUUGAUAUCUCAAACACAGAUCGUCUUGGAAAAUCUGAAGUACAACUUGUGCAGGAACUGAUAGAUGGUUUGAAUACACUCAUUGAUAUGGAGAAGAAUCUAGAGAAAGGAAGACCCAUUCGCCACUUGAUGCCCUCUCCCAAGAAAUAAGUGACCAAAUAAUAACCAGACCCUAUAAUAUUGAAUAUGUUUUUUGCUGACUUGUAGCACAGACUUAUUCAAACAAUGUGCAUAUAAUUCAUUGUUAUACUAUCAUACCAAUGCUUUUCUAAAACAGUUUUACUUCUAAUUGAUAGGAGUCUCUUGCAGGAUAAUUACCUAGUCCAUUUAAUUCCAUCCACUCAAAGUUCUAUCACAAAGUUUAUUGCUUCAGUAUUGGGUUUGUCAAAACUUUAUAUUGUCUCUUGUUAGAAGUUUGGGGAACUGGAGAUUAUCAAAUUUGUUGCUUUUAUAAAUCCUGCAUUUUAGGUACUUGUGCUUUUUGAAUUAAAAAUAAAAUUACGAGUGUCAAUUUGUAUUUAAUAUUCUAUUUCGUUGUUUAUGGACUGACUGCAAGAACUAAGUUUGACAUUUUGGUACAUAUGCAAAGCUAAAUUGAAAUAAUGUAUUUGGAAUUGUAUAUAAUUAGUACAAAGUGUCGCCUGGGGAUACCUGUAGUACGUAUUCAAUUCUAAAGUCAUUUUGGGAUGGAAUAAAAUUUGAAUAAUGUAAUUUUUAACAGCAAUGCUUCCUGUACACGUAUUUAUUGGGUGCUAUGUACAUUUCAAUAUGAAUCUCCCAAUAAACUGGGCUACUUGGCAGAAACCUUGCU